CCCCGCCAUGCAAUCCAGCAACCAGUCCUUUUAUCAAAACCUACAGAAUCCACCUCAAAUCCAUCCCCAUCCAUCAUCCUACAGCCACCACCCUGGUCCAGGCCACUGUCAUGUCUGGCUCACCCCCUCAGAGCAGGGGAGGAAGAGGGUUCUAGGCUGGGUUCCAUGUGGACAGGGGUAGCCUACCUCUCAGGCCCCACCCAGGGAGGCCGGAAGCCCCAAAGGCCUCCUGGCAGAGAAGGUCCACCCUACCCACCCUGGUCCCCGGGCUCAGUGAGAGCUGGGGCACAACAACCAGAACUUCUGCCCAGGCUGGGGAAGCCACUGCUUCCGAGUGGAUGCACACCCUACUGUGCCCUGGGCUCUGGGUCCCCAUCCUCCCUGGGGGACAGGUGAGAAUGGACGGAGGGGAGGAGCCCAGCGGACUCUGAUGGAGGGAAGGAGACAGAUGUGUUCACACCGACCCACCCACAAGGGCGCAGUGCACCCUUCGGCCAGGACCGUCCUUCUGGGCACCACCCCGCCCUGAGGGUGCGCAGGACAAGGCACCCACCUGACCCUGGGACUUUGCCCUCCUCCUGGCACAGGCUGCCCUGUGCACCAGCUUAUUCGGAGAGUCUGUCAGGGCAUGCUCGGACACCCUCCUCGCUGUGACUCUAGCAGCCCCUCUGACUGCAGGGGCUGGGGCGCCUGUCCACAUGAAGGCCCCCAGUAAGCUGCUCCUUGUGUCAUUUGAUGGCUUCCACUGGGACUAUGACCAGGAUGUGGACACCCCCAACCUGGACGCCACGGUUCAAGAUGGGGUGAAAGCUCGCUACAUGACCCCGGCCUUUGUCACCCUGACCAGCCCCUGCCACUUCACCCUGGUCACUGGCAAAUACGUGGAGAACCACGGGGUCGUCCACAACAUGUUCUACAAUGUCUCCACCAAGGUGAAGCUGCCCUAUUACACCACGCCUGGCAUCCAGAGCUGGUGGGACAAUGGCAGUGUGCCCAUCUGGAUGACCGCCCAGAGGCAGGGCUUAAAGACUGGCUCCUUCUUCUACCCUGGCGGCAAUGUCACCUACCAAGGAGAGGCCAUGACGCUGAGCCAGAAGGAAGGCAUUGCACACAACUACAAAGACGAGCAGGAGUGGAGGGCGAAUGUGGACACCGUGAUGAAGUGGUUGACCGAGGAUGACCUAGCUCUGGUCACUCUCUACUUUGGGGAGCCAGACUCCACUGGCCACAGGUAUGGCCCUGAGUCCCCGGAGAGGAGGGAGAUGGUGAAGCAGGUGGACCGGAUUGUGGGCUACCUUCGAGACAGCAUCGAACACCACAACCUCACGGGCUGCCUCAACCUGAUCGUCACGUCUGACCACGGCAUGACGACCGUCCACAAGACAGCCAGCGACUUGGUGGAGUUCCACAAGUUCCCCAACUCCUCCUUCGGGAACAUCGAGUUCGAGCUCCUGGACUACGGGCCGAAUGGGAUGCUGAUUCCCAAGGAGGGGCUGCUGGAGAAGGUGUACAGGGUGCUCAAGGAUGCCCACCCCAGGCUGCACGUCUACAGGAAGGAGGGGUUCCCCGAGGCCUUCCACUACGCCGGCAACCCCAGGAUCACGCCCCUGCUCAUGUACAGCGACCUGGGCUAUGUCAUCCAUGGGAAAUUUAGUGUCCAGUUCAACCAAGGCGAGCAUGGCUUUGACCACAGAGACAUGGACAUGAAGACCAUCUUCCGGGCCGUGGGCCCCAGCUUCAAGGCAGGCCUGGAGGUAGAGCCCCUUGAGAGCAUCCACGUGUACGAGCUCCUGUGCCAGCUGCUGGGCAUUGUGCCUGAGGCCAAUGACGGGCACCCCAACACCCUGCGGCCCAUGCUCCAAUCAGGUGGGGGGGCCUGGCCAGUGUGUGCACAGGGUGGGCUGUGCCCCAGGGGCCAGUGGAGAUGGGUGUGGUCCAUCCUGCCGCCCUCACCAGACCCCUGGCUUCCCACAGGGUCUGCUCUCCUGCCACGCAAACAGCUCCACUCGGUGACGGCACUGCUGGGAGCCCUGAUUCUUCUGGUCAAGGUGGCCUAAAGUCCCCCAGUCGAGGUCAGAGGCUGGAAGGAGGAAGGGCAUGGCCGUGCUCCCCAGCCUGACAUCCCGCCACACCCCUGGGCAUUGGGACAGAGCUGCUGCCCCUCCUUCCUCCAGGGCACCCUGUGCUCCCUCAGCAGGGAGCGAGUUAUGUUUGGGGGAGAGCUGCCGGAGCUGGUGGGCCACCUCACUUCUCUGUCCCCUGCCGUCACAGGUCUGGACCAAAGCAGAGGAAAGUCAGCCAACCCUCGAGAAGUACAGAGAGGAACCUGCUUGGAGCCAGGCUCUGGUCUGGGCUUGAGGACACAGUGAACAGGAGGGGCCAGGCCCCGCCUUGGAGAGUAUGCAACCUAGGGGCAGGGGCAGCAUGGACAGGAAGUGAGCACACACGAGACAGCACGGACAGUGGGCUUGGGGUGGGCGCUGAGUGACAGGGAGGGGAGUCACACCCAGCACAAGGGUGGGGGCAGACUCCAGGCAAGAGGCCAGGGGUGCCAGCCCAGAGGGUCAGCCUGCUUCUGGAGGCGGCAGAGGCAGGUGUUGGCAGGUGAGAAGGAUGCCCACUGACAUGCAUGGCCCCAUCAAGGUCCCUCCAUGUGCAGCAGGAACCCCAGAGGACAUUCCUUGGGGCACAGCCUGGCCCGGGGUAGCUGGUCACCUGAAUGCCCUGGUGCUAGGCAGGAGCACAGAAAUCGGAGCAGGUGGUGGCCAGUUAGGAGGUCACUGCAGUGGUCCAAGCAGGGCAUUCUGGUAGCAGGGGUGGAGGUAACACCGAGGACAGACUGAGGACACCUUCAGGAGGCCCUAAGCUCUCGGCUUGUGGAGAGACCGUGUGUGGGGGUGAGGAGAAAGCACAAAUGCAGGGUGGUCUGAGGCUGAGUCCCAGGGCAGGCAGAGCCACUCCCAAGACCUGAAGAUGCUGGACAGGGGCAGGGCUAGAACCCGGGUUCUACUUCGGCCUUGACAUGUGCUCCUCACCCUUGACGCAACCAUGGAGCGCCAUGGCCCGGCAGCACCUGGAGUCCAGGGCCUGGCCCCCAGCAUGUGGCUGGGCGGGCAGCUCACAUUCGAGGCCUUCAAUGAUGUGCGUGACAUGCACAGGGCACCAAACCAUAGCACUCCAGAUCAAGGGACCGGGAGAGAGCCCUCGUCUAGAGGGCGGAGGACAGGAAAGAGGGUGGCCUUGUCCCAACUGGGAAGGCUGAUGGGGUGGUGGUGAGGCGGAGGGGAAGAGGAACUCGAGGACGUGUGCAGUGGGGGGCAGGCCUGCAGGGCCCAAGGUCAGAGCUGGAAGGGACCCCAAAGACCCUUUUGCCCUAAACCUAUCACACCAGUGGGGAUGCUGGAGCCCAGAGCCGUUCAUUGUGCACCAAAAGGGGGGACCAAGCUGCAUCAAAAGGCUAGGUUUUCAGUCUGCUCCUGAGCACUUCUGGCUACAAAACCAGCUCCUCGGCUGGAGUACGUGGUAUGCACCGAGUCUUUCGGCACAGGGCCCGGAUUCAGUGCAAUUCCACAGCACUGGAGUUUGCACAGCCUGCCACCUGGCUUUGACCUCCCGAACACCAGAAGGUGGGCUCAGCAGGGGGAGCACAGGAUUCACAGGAAGGGGACGGGGCCAGAGAGUGGCAGGCACAGGACCCCUGCACAUUCCCAGGGGGCUUGGGGACGGACACGGUGCGCUAGCAAACCCACUCUCCAAAACAAAAAGCCCGGAUUGGCGGCACUCACCCAUUCCUGGGGUGUGAAUUCUCCCACGGUGGCCAAUGUGAAGCUGCCAACAUGGGGCCUCCAAACAGCCCUGAGGGAAGUGACACACAGAAGCGGCCCUGCUAAGAACUGUGAUCAUAGUAUCCCCAUGACAGUCCCCGGCCCAGCUGGCAAUUCAGACAAGGCCAGGGCUGCUGUCUGUGGCCAGCUUCUUCCCCAAAGGCAGCGCCAGAAGCACCACUGAAAGGAAGGUGGCGUUAUAAGGCAGCCCUUGGCUGUCACUGACAGAGUCCUGACUCAUCCAGAGGACUUGGCAGGGGAGUGUGGGGUCCUCCUCCCUCUGGGGUCCCUCCCCCAGCCCCUGAGAAGGUCCUGAGCUCCACCCCACCCCCGCCUCACCAGCUGAGGCCCCCUGCGCUGUCCCAUCCAGGAGGCCUUGGGAGCUCCCACAGGUGCACCACAUCCUGUCUGCCCAUUUCCCACCACACACCCUGCCUGUCCUUCCCCGGAAGCUGACUCCUGUCUUGCAGGAAGCCAGAGCCAGCCCUCCUGCUGACAUGGUCUCCUGGACUCCAAGAGACCUCAUCAGAGACCUCACCCAUGUGCCUCUGUCCCCUGAUGCAUCAGCCCAGGCCUGGCCACCCCAGGACCUGCCCAGAUUCACACUCCACAGCGGCAGCUCACACGUCCUCCGGCCCCUCCUGCAAGGUCCACCCUGGAAAUCAGCACUGGGGUCCCCACACAAGGAUCCCAGCCACCAGCUUCUGCCUCAAGCUCCGGACCUCAGCCACAGUCACCCAAAGGGGUGCUGCACAGCACACAGCACCCACGGAAUAAAGGCCCAGUUGUGUCACCACCCACAGAUGCUGAGAAGCUGCAGUAGCCAACAUGGGGGGUCUCCAAAGGCUGCCGCUGUCCUGACCGCCCGCCACUCCCCCAACAUGGAAGAAACUGCUAAUUAAUCCCUUGACAAACACAGCAGAACAGGUUCUUUCCGGCUGGCGGUAGACCUGUGCUUGGCCCGGGCCCCACUG